AUGCCACCCAAAAAGAAUGACAAGGCCGGCGGCUCGACCUCCAAAAUUGUGGCCGACAAAACGUUCGGCAUGAAGAACAAGAAGGGUGCCAAAGGCCAAGCAGCAGUCGCUCUGGCGAAACAACAAGCCGCGCAAGUUCCUUUCGGCACUGAUCCCAAGACGAUCUUAUGCCAAUAUUUCAAGACGGGAACAUGCGAAAAAGGGAACAAGUGUAAAUUUAGCCAUGAUCUCAACGUCGACCGAAAGACAACGAAGAAAGAUCUAUAUACCGACGGGCGAGAUACCAAAGAAACAGAUACCAUGGACACAUGGGACGAUGCCAAACUCCAAAGCGUCGUCAUUUCCAAGCACGGAAACCCCAAAACGACCACAGACAUUGUAUGCAAAAACUUCAUCGAAGCCAUCGAAUCAGGGAAAUACGGGUGGUUUUGGGAAUGCCCAUCAGGCGGGUUGAACUGUAAAUACCGGCAUGCGCUGCCGCCGGGUCUGGAGGACUUCCUGGAGCGGGAGCGGCAUCAGCUCGGCAAGACGCUCACCCCGGUCACCAAGGACUCGUUCGCCAAGUGGAAGGCCGAGCGUCUGUCGAAGAAACAAGUCGAAGAAGAGGGCAAACGGAAGUUGAAAGAGCAGCAGGCUGCCGCCGGAAGGAUGAACGGCAUGAGUGGAAGAGACCUGUUCACCUUCGACACGACGGGCGUGUAUGGAGACGAUGCCUACUCAGACGACGAAGGGCCCGACGAGACAGGCGAAGAAGACUGGGAUCUGAACAAGUACCGCCAAGAGACUGAGGCUGAGCGCACAAGAUUAGAGGAGGAGCGGAUCGCCAAAUUGGGCGGGAUCGGGGUCGGAGUGGGCAGUCUGAGUCUGGGCGAAUAA